ACCUACCUUGGUAGUCAGUCUUCACCAAAUAAACGGUAUAAGGCUGAGGUUGGAAUGCUGUAGAAGCUUAAGACUACCUAUAUGGUAGGGCUUGCUAGAUUUCUUUAGGGCAAACUAAAUAGACGGGAGUCCUCAUCAUUACUCUGGUCAGGAGAUCCGGCGUUGCUGCUCUUAACGCUGAUAUAACUUCUCAAUAUGCCAGGCCCAAUGGCUUCCAAUGGUCUCUUGAGGUUACCGACGGGGUUCCGCAGUGCUCUGUUGCGAACGGUUACCAGACAUCCGAGGUUGUCAUCCACGCCUAGAGCAAACUGCCUCAUAACUACUGCUGCGUCAAGCUACAGACCAGCUCAGCCAGGAAUAGGCUCUUCUCACUAUUCACGAAGAAAUUUCCGUUCUUCUUCCUUGAAAUCUACUUCAGCGACUGUGGGCCAGGAUAUCGACCAGACUUCCGCGUCAAGUUUGGAUGCUGACUCGCCUCCCGCUCAAUACACGCCUCCGACUACUGGCAUCUUGUCAAAAAUCCCUUCUUCAUGGGUUCCUUAUGCUGAGCUCGUUCGGCUGGAUAAGCCCACGGGCACUUAUUAUCUCUUUUUCCCCUGUCUCUUCUCCACCCUUAUGGCCGCCCCCCUUGCCGUCCCUAUCGCGUCCCCCCUCUCAGUUGUGGGCACCUCCAUGCUAUUCUUCAGCGGUGCUCUUAUCAUGCGCGGAGCUGGCUGUACGAUCAAUGAUCUGUGGGACCGCAACCUUGAUCCGCAAGUAAGACGAACUCGACUACGGCCCAUUGCUCGCGGAGCCGUCUCUCCCUUCAACGCUCUCGUCUUCACUGGUGCUCAACUCUUUGCUGGUCUUGGCAUCCUUCUCCAAUUUCCGUAUCAGUGCUUUUUCUAUGCCGUUCCGAGUUUGCUUCUUGUGUCCUCCUACCCCUUGGCCAAGCGAGUCACACACUAUCCACAAUUCAUUUUAGGACUGACCUUUUCCUGGGGUGCCAUUAUGGGGUUCCCUGCUCUCGGUAUUGAUCUCAUCAACAAUAGUUCCGCUUUGGCAGCUUCUGGAUUUCUCUACGCCUCAAAUAUUGCAUGGACGGUGUUAUACGACAUGAUAUACGCUCAUAUGGACAUCAAGGAUGACGCGAAAGCUGGGAUCAAGAGUAUUGCCUUGAGGCAUGACGCACAGACAAAACAGGUCCUUACGGGUCUCGCUAUCACUCAGAUAGGACUGCUGGCCGCGGCUGGAGUUGCAAUGGGAGCAGGGCCAGUGUUCUUUGUUGGUAGCUGUGGUGGUGCGGCUAUUACUUUGGCAACUAUGAUCAAGAGAGUGAACUUGAAGAGUGUAAAGGAUUGCUGGUGGUGGUUUGUGAAUGGAUGUUGGUUGACUGGAGGGGCGAUCGCUGCAGGUUUGGGUGGCGACUACCUGGUACAGUAUCUGCAGCAGCAAGAGAAGAAACCAGAGGAGAAUGUAUGAUAGAUGUACUUGUAUAAACAGGGAAUCCGGCGCUUUGCCACGUUGAAGGGUUAAGGGGGGGUGUAUCUCGAAUAUCAUUGGGCUUCACAGCACGUCACAGCUUGGAACUUGGUUACGCGAGUGUCUGGCCUCGAGAAUAUUCCACUCGUAUCAGCAGAUCUCAAGGGUUCAAUUCUCGCCAGGGUCUUAUCACAGCCCUAUUAAAGUGGUCAUGCGAGA